CCUACAAAGAGGCGGGUCAUACCUGGAAUCCCGCCCUCCCUGAGGCGGGGCCUGUGGCGCGCGGGAAGAAGCGUAAGCGGCGGCGGGAGCUGGCUGUGCAGCCGACUGACCGCGUCCCUGCAGCUUUCCUCUGUCUUUGGGUAAAGAACGGUGCCCGACGGAUUUGUGUUGCUCCAUCAAGACUCGGGAGGAUGAAAGUCAUUACCUGCGAAAUAGCCUGGCACAACAAGGAGCCGGUGUAUAGCCUGGACUUCCAGCAUGGCACCGCCGGGAGGAUCCACAGACUGGCGUCGGCCGGUGUAGACACGGCGGUUAGGAUCUGGAAGGUGGAAAAAGGACCCGAUGGAAAGGCCAUUGUUGAAUUUUUGUCCAAUCUUGCCCGCCAUACCAAAGCUGUCAAUGUCGUGCGUUUUUCUCCGAAUGGGGAAAUUUUAGCAUCAGGAGGAGAUGAUGCCGUCAUCCUGUUGUGGAAGGUGAAUGAUAAUAAGGAGCCAGAACAGAUUGCUUUUCAGGAUGAUGAUGAGGCCCAGCUGAACAAGGAGAAUUGGACUGUCAUAAAAACCCUGAGAGGCCACUUGGAAGAUGUGUACGAUAUUUGCUGGGCAACUGAUGGGAAUCUAAUGGCUUCUGCCUCUGUGGAUAACACGGCCAUCAUAUGGGAUGUCAGUAAAGGACAGAAGAUCUCUAUCUUUAAUGAACAUAAAAGUUAUGUCCAAGGAGUAACCUGGGACCCCUUGGGUCAGUAUGUUGCCACCCUGAGCUGUGACAGGAUCCUCAGGGUGUACAGCACCCAGAAGAAACGUGUGGCUUUUAAUGUCUCAAAGAUGCUGUCUGGAAUAGGGGCCGAAGGAGAGGUCAGAAGUUACCGGAUGUUUCACGACGACAGCAUGAAGUCAUUCUUCCGUAGACUCAGUUUUACCCCUGAUGGGUCUUUGCUCCUCACACCAGCUGGAUGUGUGGAGUCUGGAGAAAAUGUAACAAAUACCACCUAUGUUUUCUCCAGGAAGAAUCUUAAAAGGCCCAUCGCUCACCUUCCCUGUCCUGGCAAAGCGACGCUUGCAGUUCGCUGCUGUCCCGUCUACUUUGAGUUGAGGCCGGUGGUGGAAACAGACAGAGCGUCACAGGAGCCGGGCACGGAGCUGGUGCACCUGCCCUACCGCCUGGUGUUUGCUGUGGCUUCUGAAGACUCUGUGCUCUUGUAUGACACCCAGCAACCGUUCCCUUUUGGCUACGUGUCUAACAUACAUUACCACACCCUGAGUGAUGUCUCCUGGUCCAGCGAUGGGGCCUUCCUGGCCAUUUCUUCCACGGAUGGCUACUGUUCGUUUGUGACAUUCGAGAAGGAUGAACUUGGAACACCUUUGAAAGAGAAGCCGGUUUUAAGCGUGGGAACUCCCGAUACAGCAAAGAAAACGAAGAGUCAGCCACACCAGGGGUCUUCGCCAGGCCCCAGGCUGGUAGAGGGGACCCCCAGCAGCCCCUGCACACCCCCGCCUCAGCCAAGACCAUCUCCAGCCCCAGCAGCGCCUUCCGAGGAGAAGAAGGCCCUGCAGCCCAGCACGCAGAAUCCCAAAGCACCCCCAUCCCGGAGGGUCACUCUGAACACGCUGCAGGCCUGGAGCAAGACAACACCCCGGAGGAUAAAUUUACUACCCUUAAAGACAGAGACUCCACCAAAUUCCGUACCAAUUAGUAUAAUCUCCACCCCUUCCGCAGAAGAAACUGAACCAGGGAUGCCCGGGGACCCUCAGGACAGUCCUCCGGAGCCCAAGCGGCCUCGGCUUGGUGAACACCAAGGAAGUUCCCAAGGUCUGGAGCCUUGAGGAGAUCUGUCUGCUGCUCGAAGGCUGCCAGGUCUGGGGACCCCCGUGCACAGAGAGGGGGGGCUAGGCCGGGGACACCGGAGACCAGUGGCAAUAGGCGGAGCCUGAUGGAUACUCGUGAACUGUUUACUGUAACAGAAGAUACACAUGGGCCAGUUUUUCUCCAGAACUAUGUUUGCACUUGUAUUCAAGACACAUGCUUACCUCGGAGCAGUGAACGUUUUCAUAGACCGGAUCUUCUUUUGAGUUUCUGAAACUGGAGCGGUUCAGCCGUGUCUAGUGUGGAACAGGGAGUCCGUCCUUGAAACACUUACAGGGAAAGUGCAGACGCUUUGCGAGCAGGCCCUUCCCAAAGCUGGCAUGAGAGAGGAGAAAGUUAUUUGAGAAGGUUUAUUCUGCUGAUGUUCCCUUCUGAAUAGUUGGUUUUUAGGAGUUAGUUUCCUUUCUGACUGUAAAGGUAAUAAAAAUGCUCGUGCUGGAAAGCUAGCGAGAAUAAAGUAGGAAAAACGGGUCCAAGAUGGGACUCUGCCACCCUCUUCCUGCUGGAAGGAACCAUGUUGCUUUGUUGGCAUAUUUAUUUCCUUUUUUUUUUUCCCCAGGGAGAGAGUGGAGAUUUCCCUUUAGAGUUUGGUAUCCAAAUAGGUUAACUUUUCAGAUUGAUUUUUCAGAAUAAAAGAACUUCUCCUGGGCA